AUGAUUUACUACUCUGCUGCCGGCAGUGGAGUGGCGGAAGUCAAAGUCAUCAACAGUGGAUUUGUGCUGCACGGUUACUUGGGUUUGAAAACACUCGUGGUCAAGACAGUUGCAUUGAUCUUUAGCGUUUCGUCGGGUCUCAGUCUCGGCAAAGAAGGCCCGUAUGUGCAUAUUGCGACCUGUGUCGGUAACAUCUGCUGUCGAAUCUUCUCGAAAUAUAACCACAACGACGGCAAACGCCGCCGUGAGGUGCUCAGUGCCAGCGCGGCGAGUGGUGUCGCUGUUGCGUUUGGUGCCCCCAUCGGUGGAGUUUUGUUCAGUCUAGAGGAGGUCAGCUAUUACUUUCCACCCAAGACCUUGUUCCGGACGUUCUUUUGCUGCAUUGCCGCUGCGUUGUCCUUGAAAUUCCUGAAUCCAUAUGGCACGGGCAAGAUCGUUCUGUUUCAAGUGCGCUACAGCACGGACUGGGAGAUUUUCGAGAUCAUCAUCUUCAUGUUCCUCGGUGUUCUUGGCGGUGCUCUGGGCGCGCUAUUCAUCAAAGCUUCAAGCUGGUGGGCGCGCACGUUUCGUCGAAUCGACGCUAUCAAACGUUGGCCGAUGCUCGAGGUCUUCCUCGUCGCCCUGCUUACGGGUGUGGUGAGCUUCUGGAACCGAUACACCAAGUUGCCCGUCACCGAGCUGCUCCUUGAGCUUGCCAGCCCAUGUGAAGGUGAAUCGUGGUCGAGCACUGGGCUGUGUCCCAGCGAAGACGGGAUUGUGGAGAUUAUCCAGUAUCUGGUCGUGGCCUUUGUGAUUAAGAGUCUCCUCACCGUUAUUACCUUUGGUAUCAAGCUACCCGCUGGCAUCUACGUGCCGUCAAUGGUUGUGGGUGGUUUGAUGGGGCGCAUUGUCGGGCAUUCUGUACAGUACUGGGUUGCGAAGAAUCCAACCUUCUUCCUGUUCGACGCGUGCCCCAAUGUGGCGGGGAUGGAAUCAUGUGUCACCCCCGGUGUCUAUGCCAUGGUCGCAGCCGGUGCCACCAUGUGCGGCGUCACCCGCCUGUCGGUCACUCUUGCGGUCAUCCUUUUCGAAUUGACUGGCAGCUUGGAUCACGUGUUGCCGUUCUCCCUGUCUGUGCUGUGUGCCAAGUGGACCGCAGACGCCUUGGAACCACGAAGCAUCUAUGACCUUUUGACUGAUAUGAACUCCUACCCCUUCCUCGAUAAUAAACUACAACCUCUCACCGACGCUGAGCUGGGUGACAUUGUCCGUCCGCCUCACCGAGGGCGGAUCAUUGACAUCACCAACUCGGCCUUUGUCCCCGCAACUGAGCUCCGUCGAAAGCUCGAGCAUCUUCUGAUGGGGGGUGAGCUGGAUAGCGGCUUGCCCAUUCUUCGCGAUGGUGUACUGACCGGUCUCAUUCCGGCGCCCGACCUCGAAUUCGCGCUCGACUCCCUUGGUGAGCAGGAAGACAACACUCAUUGUCUGAUGGCCAUGGAUGCUUCGAUCGCUGUCUAUGAUAGCGAAAACGAGAAUGUGGUGCAGGAGGAUUUCACUCGAUUCAUUGAUCCGGCACCCAUUUCCCUCGACGUGCAUUCGCCCAUCGAUCUUGUUUAUCAAUGUUUCGCCAAGCUCGGUUUGCGAUAUCUAUGCGUCUUGCAGAACGGCCAGUAUGCAGGAUUGGUGCACAAGAAGGCCUUUGUGAAGUAUAUGAAAGAGCAUGAGAAAGAAUGA